UCAUAGGAAGUCUGAAUAUCGUGAUGAUGCGUACAUUGAACUGAUUCACCUGAAGUAACUCCGGUUCUGAGAGGAACGGCGCAUGCGCAUUCGUCACUUCUCGGCACUUAGAAUUUACGCUCGCUCGACCGGCCUCAUGUAAUCUCCUUCGAGCAAACGUUGUGAUACGUGGGCAAAAUGAGUGUCGAAAAUCCAGCCAGCGAUAAUGAUUGUGAUUCAGGAAAGGUAAACGGCAAUAAAAGUGAACACGUGAACGGUAUGCACAAUGGAUACAGCAGCUCUGACAAGCACAGGUCCAGCCACAAGUCCUCUAGCAAAGACAAGCACCGCGAUAAAGAGCGUGACCACAAAAGCUCAUCGAAACACAGCAGUUCAAGCAGAGACAAAGAUAAGGAUAAACAUUCAAGUAGUAAAAAUCAUAGCAGCUCCCAUAAAUCGUCGAGUAGAGACAAGGAGCACAGCAAUGAUAAGAAAGAGCGUAGCGACCGGGAGCACAGCAGCAAGGACAAGGAUCGCAGUGAUAAAGACAAACACCGCAGUGACAAGGACAAGCACAGGGAUCGUGAGAGGAGUGAUAAGGACAAGGAGCGGAGUGACCGUGACCGCUCCAAGCACAAGAGUAGCAGCGAUGAAAAGAAAUCAUCAUCGUCUAAAGAUAAAGAAAAGGAUAGGGAGCACAAAAGUUCAUCAAAAGAUAAAGACCACAAAUCCAAGAGCAAAGAUAAAGACAGGGAAAGAGAUCGCCAUAAGAGUGACAAAGACAAGCAUAAGAGUGACAAGGAUAAAUACUCUAGUUCUAAAGAAAAGCACAGCUCUAGUAAAAGUAAAGAGAAGAGCAGUGACGAAAAACAUGAAAAGGUCAAGUUUGAAUCGGAUGAACAAGAUUCCCCUAUCAAAGAGGAACCUAUGCAGAUUGAUGAGCCAGAAAUUUCCAUAAAACAGGAAGAAAGUGAUGAUGGCUAUGCUGGUGCUAACACAACAGCUUCGUCCUGUGACUACUCAAUGUCCCAGUUCAAAGAUGAGCCUCUCUCUGAACUGCCGCCAGAGGAAGACAGCGAAGAAGACAUGCCUUUGACUGAACGCAUGGCAAACAAACGGCGCAUGGCCAGUGAAAGUGAAGAAGACAUUCCAUUACUCCAGCGUAAGAAAUCAAAGAAGAAAGUCAAAAAAGAAACGUAUGAUGAUGAUGAUGAUCUUGAUGAUUAUGAUGAAGAUGAGAAACCUAAAAAGAAGAAAAAGAAGGCAGAAAAAGCAAAACCAAUUAAAGUAAAGAGCGAACCAGAUGAUAGUGCAAGUCCUACAAAACGUAAGAAAAAGCAAGAAGACGAUCAAGAAGUAUGGAAAUGGUGGGAAGAAGAAAAGAAGGAUGAUGGAACGAAGUGGUCAUUUUUGGAACACAAAGGUCCUGUGUUUGCCCCUGCUUAUGAACCUCUACCCCCUAAUGUGCGAUUCCGCUAUGAUGGAAAAGAAAUACGAUUAUCUCAGGAUGCGGAAGAGGUAGCCGGCUUCUAUGCACGGAUGUUGGAUCAUGAUUACACUACUAAAAAUGUAUUCAAUAGCAAUUUCUUUACUGACUGGCGUAAAGUGAUGACACCUGAGGAAGCUAAACUAAUCAAGGAUCUUUCUAAAUGUGAUUUCAAGGAAAUGCAUGCUUACUUUCAAAAUAUUGCUGAAAAAAAUAGGAAUCGUUCAAAAGAAGAGAAGGCUGAAAUUAAGGCUAAAAAUGAAGAGAUUCAAAAGGAAUAUGGAUUUUGCACAAUUGAUGGUCAUAAGGAAAAAAUUGGUAAUUUCAGAAUAGAACCUCCUGGAUUGUUUAGAGGUAGAGGUGAACAUCCUAAAAUGGGUAUGUUGAAAAAGCGAGUAAUGCCUGAAGAUGUCAUGAUCAACUGUUCUAAAGACAGUAAAAUACCUAAACCACCGGCAGGCCAUAAAUGGAAAGAAGUAAGACAUGACAACACUGUCACCUGGCUUGCAUCAUGGACAGAAAAUGUUCAAGGACAAGUCAAAUAUGUCAUGCUCAACCCAAGCUCUAAACUAAAAGGUGAAAAGGAUUGGCAGAAAUAUGAAACAGCCAGAAAACUCCAUAAAUGUAUUGAUAAAAUUAGAGAAAAUUAUCGUGCUGACUGGAAAGCAAAAGAAAUGCGUGUACGUCAAAGAGCUGUUGCACUUUAUUUCAUUGAUCGCUUGGCAUUGAGAGCUGGUAAUGAAAAGGAUGAUGAUCAAGCUGACACUGUUGGUUGCUGUUCUUUAAGAGUGGAGCAUAUCCAGUUGCACAAAGAAAAGGAUGAUAAAGAAUAUGUGGUUGUAUUUGAUUUUCUGGGUAAAGAUUCUAUCAGAUAUUAUAAUGAGGUGCCUGUGGAAAAACGUGUUUUUAAGAAUCUCGAGUUAUUUAUGGAAAACAAAGCCAACAGUGAUGAUCUCUUUGACAGGCUUAACACUCAAACAUUGAAUGAACACUUGAAAGAUCUAAUGCCUGGGUUGACUGCCAAGGUCUUCCGUACUUAUAAUGCAUCCAUCACUUUGCAAAGACAAUUAGAUGAGCUCACAGAUCCAAAUGCAUCUAUACCAGAAAAAAUCCUAGCUUACAAUAGAGCAAACCGAUCCGUUGCUUUACUAUGUAACCAUCAACGGGCUGUACCUAAAGGUCAUUCUAAGUCUAUGGAAGCUUUGAAAGAAAAGAUACAGGCUAAACGGGACCAAGUAGAUGAAGCUGAGGAAGAUUAUAGAAAUGCAGCAAAAGCAGCCAAGCGUGGUUCUGUCAAGGAGAAAUUGGCUUGUGAUAAAAAGCAAAAGGCUUUGGAACGUCUUAAAGAUCAACUGAAAAAAUUAGAAUUGCAGGAGACAGAUCGUGAUGAAAAUAAAACCAUUGCACUUGGCACUUCGAAGCUUAAUUAUCUUGACCCACGUAUCUCCGUUGCUUGGUGCAAAAAACAUGGUGUGCCCAUUGAAAAAAUAUACAAUAAAACUCAACGUGACAAAUUCCGUUGGGCGAUUGAUAUGGCCGGUCCGGAAUAUAUUUUUUAAGGUCAAUAUCAGGAAUAGCUCUAUUAUAAAACCAUGUUACAGUCUACUGUUCCACUUUACAUACACAUUUACAUAUUCCACACAUGAAAGUAAUUUAUGGAAUUUUUUGACCUGGUCUAAAAUCACGAGUGAUGUAUUAUUUUUUAGUAGUAUUGGUAUUAUAUUACGUUUCGGACAUAAACUGAUCAAAAUAUUGUUCCUCCCACGAAUAUAAUCCAAAUUAGAAGUCUGAUUCUAAUUUAUUUUUAUGUAGAACUUAGUUUCCAAUUCUGUUUAAGUCUUUUAGGAUAAGUUGUAGUUUUAAAUGGUCUAGAGUAAGACUUAUGUACAGUUUGUUUUGUUGUGAUUAAUAAUCUUAACCUUAUCAUAUGAACUUCUACAAUCAUCUCCCACUCAAUUUACUAAAUUAUUAAGUAAAACGGCUUUAUUUUGGGCCAUUUUUUAAAGCAAGGUACAGACUGCAAUAAUAAGUAAUAAAUAACUGACAUAAUGCUGUGAAUAAGUCAUCGCAUAUUGUGCGUUUUAUUUAUGUGAUAAAAGCUUUUUGUAUAUAAAAGUGAGGCUUCAGGUUUACUUGAAAUGUAAAUCAUUGUCAUGCUACUUAAAUAUAAAACUAUUUUUCAAGUUACAAGAAAUAGCAAAUAGAUUUAUUGACAUACUGAAAAUUCUUAUUUGCGAGUUCAAAUGGCGACAUAACAGCAAAAUGUAAAUUUUCAGUGUGUACUUCGCACAUUGUGCAGUAGCAAAUUGUGUAAAGAUAUAAGGUUAUUAUUUUUAUAUAAAUAGGCUCGAAAAUUGUGGCAAACGCCGUCAAUGUUAAUGAAAGUUACGAAAGGUACAAUCUUGUAGUUAAAUUUGUAUUAUUAUAUUGUGUGUGUCUUGUAAAUAUAAAAUUUUUACCAUGUCAUAAAUUUGUGAAAUGAGAUUAUCCCAAAUAAAUAGAACAUUGACACUAGG